AUGCAGGAUCACGCACCCACCGCGCCGAACGAGCAUCCGCUCGCCCAAGGCGAGGAUGCCAUCGAGCAUAACUCCACUCGCGAGGACCACGCACUUACCGAGAGCGCCGAGAAUACUCGCAAGGACGAUACCGAGUCCACCCAGGGCGACGAGAACAAUUUCACUCAGCCCGACGAGAACGAGCCCGUGCGGGUGCUGGACAAGGCCUUGAUCAUGAACAACAAGGACGGAGGAGAAAAGCAGCAGUGGACGGCACCCAUCUUCGGAUAUCUUCGUACCCAAGACUUUCACGUUAGCUCGCCCAGCGCGGAGGCGGCCCGGUCGCUAAAGAAUCCGUCAUCAGAGUCCAUCACCAUCGCCCUAGUCAUGUACCACAACCCCGAAGACUUCGACGCUCUUUACUACAAGCUCCUCGUCCGCGAUUUGGCACUCGAUGACGAGAACAUCGGCAGUAUUCACAUCUGGGCGGAUGACAUCACUGCAAUUACUGUGGAUGUAGUCCCCGACACCGAAGCGGUAUCUGAACUAGGCCGUUUCAGCCCGGCGCUAGCGAAAGUCGACACCGGAGUGGCGCGUUUCACGGUAACGGCCCAGACGGCAGAACUAUCUCUUCCCUUCGCCAUCCACACGAAGCUGUGGGACGCAGACAUACAGGGGGAGGGCAGACAAAUCGCAGCCCGUCUGAGGAAUCUACGCACAGUCUUCCAAGUGGCCAAGGAGCAGCGCAAGCUUACCUUCCAGUUUUACGUCUCGGAGGAUAACGUGUGCGAGCUCCAGAAUUGGCAGGCAUCCCUCGUCGCAGCCAAAGCCGCACAGGCGGCCGUGUCGCCUCUUGCGAAAUACUUCCAGCACUCGCCGAAUGCCAGGGUCUUCCACGUUGGCCAUUGCCCUGUGCCAAACGGCCCCGGAUUUCCCUCGAACGUUCGAGGCCGGCGCCUAGUACACUUUGCUAACGCUGACCAACAUAUUCUCUACAAUGUUGCCGGCACGUACUACGACGCAUGCCUGCGGUUCCAGGCUGUUCAUGACUUGCCGUCGACGGAGUUCCACGGGCACCUGCUGCCGCUCCCGCACGUGCAGAUGCAGCGCCGCAUCGUUUGCCUCAUCGACCCUCGCGGCAAGGAGGAUCUGCUCCCCAAGAUUGGCGAGAUGUGCAAGAUGCACUUUCCCGAAGCCAAGCCUGUCACCGCCUCAACUGAUCGUGUCACCGACACCCAGUUCGAGGACAUUGCCCACGAGAUACACGGGGGGGUAGAGAGACUCCAAGGUGAAGCGGGUUUUGCCACUGCCAUGAAGGCCAGCGUGGGAAUGUACUUCCGAGACCAGCAAGUCUUUGACGGUCCGAUAAACGACCUUCUCCCCACCCGCGACGAGGUGUCGGCGCACCGAGACGAUCUCAUCAGCCCGGCUACAGCUCAAAACGGCCCGGAUGACGACAGCGCUUGGUCAGCCUGCCGUAUCGAUUUCGCUUCCCCUUAUCUAGCACCGUACUGGCAGACAUACCUCCUCUGGGUGCCGACAGACAAGGGCGCUGACGGCGAGCCGGUCCCUCGACAGAUAGAGUACAAGCACGCACAGAUGCCGACGAAGGAACAGGCCGCGUCGGACUAUUUCGCCCAAUGCACCGACCCGAUGAGCAACCGCCAAGUAGUCCGUGUCAAGCGUGUCGCGUCCGACAAGACUCUCCGGGCUCAGGUCGGCGCCGUGAGUGCCCUCAAGCAUCCGUCGUCUGCGCAGCCACCACCGUCGGAGCGAUCCGUGGCUGCCUACCGGUAUCUCGUCAACUUCGACUCCAGAGCUCCUCGCGUCAAUCUCCUAGCCGAUUUGCCAGGCCUCGGAGCGGUGGUCAAGCCUGAAGGGGCGACAGCUCCUCAUUUUCUCCGAAAAGCUUUCCUCGAGAUGAACCGGCCAAUGCGUGAGGCCUUCGAGAUUAUGGGCAACCUCCCGGCGGGCGUCUGCUUCGUGCCCGGCGUCGCAGGAUGCGGCAAGACAUACAUGGGCGAGAUGGCCAUGUUGUUUUCUCAGUAUGGCGCAUCCGGACAGGACAAGGGCCCACGCGACGUUGAGCCUGCCGGACUUCAGGUUCUAUAUCUCGUCGACAACAAUGAGGGAGUGGAAAACUUUGUUACGCGCCACCGCAAGACCCAGGAGCGUCUCGGCAUCACCCACGCGCUUCCCGUUGUGCGCCUAUAUCCGAUGGAUGGUGAGAUCGAGGCAGGUGGCAAAGACAAGGCGCCCCAAGGCGACUCCACUAAGAUCUUUGACGAGGAAGCUGCCGCUGCGGAAUGCGAGGCUAUUGAGGAUCACUUUCUGGCCGUCUACGCCAUUCACAAAAUGUCACUGGAGAUCAACACCCGCAGAGCCCGUCGUCUCAAUCAGGACAGCUCUCUGCAUUCCCACGCCCUUGCUUUCUUCGAAGAGAAGCGCAGCAAUUAUACCGAACUCGGCGAGUUGCUAGGUCGGGUCCAGGGCAGCCAGGAGCUAAGCGCGGCAGACAAGUCGAUGCUCAAGUCAUGUAUCAAGGUCUUGUGCUGCGACUUUCUCAGGCAGUUCAAAGGAACCAUCGUCACCACUCCCGUUGGCGCAUCCGUCCGCAUGUUCCGCGAGAAUUUCAAGCCGGCCCUAGUCAUCCUGGAUGAGGCUGCGACAAUGCACGAACUUACUACCCUGAUCGCCAUCGCCUUUUUCGCUCCCCUGGCGUGGCUCUUACUCGGCGACAUCCAGCAGCGGCCCCCCUUCGUGACGGCCGAGCACAACCUCGAUUCAGGCCAGACGUCGUCCAAUCCGUUCGUCGACCAAUACGGCAUGUCCACACUCGAGCGGGCGGUCCUAGCCGGCGAGACGAUGGCGUAUCUGCGAGUCAACAAUCGCGGCCAUGGCAAUUCCCUCGCUGUUGCCAACAGCGUGGCGUACAACACGAUAAUGAUAUACGGUGUUAGAGUGCUAUGGGUGAAGCCUCUGGACGACAUGGCCCAACACUUCCAGGAGUCCAUCAGCAAAGAUAUCCCCUCCAAGCAGACCAGCAUCCUGGUCGAGUUUCCCAAGGCGUAUGUGACCAACGUCGGCACGUCGCGCACCAACAUCCUCCAUCGGGCUUGGGUUCUCGACCAGGUCAAGCGCCUCAUGGACUCGACCCUCACCGGCCUCGGGAAGAACGACGGCUGCCCAGUCUCCGUCAUGCUCAUCGCCUUGUACGCAGCGCAAGUCACGGAGUACAGGCAGAGCAUCCGCACCAUGAUCGACUGCAAGGAACUAAGCGAGAGCGCCAUCCGGGAUCGGGUCGUGGUCAAGACUCUCGACAGCGCCCAAGGCGCUGAAGCUGAUAUAGUCUUUGUCGACUUCGUCAAUGUGACCCAUCCUGGAUUCACAGGAGCGCAAUGGCGCACAGGGCUAUCGAGCACGAGGGCCCGCGGAAUGACCAUCACGCUUCUCAACCGCGGAUCGUUCGUCGGACGAGGCGAUCCGGAUAACACAGCCAAUCCGCUGGCACAGGUUGCCUAUGAGCUUUUCAAGCUCUUUAACUCUCAUCGCGCAAACUGUCGCCUCCGCCUCAGAGAUGUCGACGCACCGAAGGAUACCACCAACCAUCUCUGCCAGCGCGGCUGCCAGAAAAUCGACAAGAGAGAUGCCAAUCACCCCACAGCGCACUGCCCCUUUCAGAUUUGCCGGAACUGCAAGCUCCACGGGCACAAUGCCACCGCGUGCGAGAGGGACUUUAUCUGUCCUCGCUGUGGCAGGUCAGGACAUGCCGGACUUGGGUGCCCCGCCACCGCAAACACCAUGAGCGCGUUCUACUGCCUCAACUGCGACCAGCCCGGCCAUCGCACGGAAAAUUGCAAACAGUUCCCCAAGGACUGCAAAGGAAUUGGGUACGGAAUCUGCCGCAACUGCAGCGAAAUCGGUCACAGGUCUGCAAAUUGUCCGAGGCAGACGUGCAAGCGUUGUGGCGAGGAAGGCCAUCGUCAAGCCCAGUGCCCGACUCCUUUCUGCGUCCGAUGCAAAGAAACAGGGCAUACGCUGGGGAGCUGCAAAAAUGCUCCCCCAAAGUGCGCCAAAUGCGGCUUCCCGCAUCGGACACAGGAUUGCACCGGCUCUACGAAGAAGAGUUUGAGGGCCCGCUUCCCGAGCUGGUUUGUUCCGGAGUCACCGGCCUGA